AUGGCGGCUCGUGUGGCGGCGGUGGUCCUGCUGCUGCUCGGACUCUGCUCCGGUUCCGGUCCCGCUUCCGGUCCCGGUUCCGGUCCGGACCUGGAGCGCGGGAGGAUGCAGCUGCUGCGCGUGCAGAGUCUGGCCCGGUUUGGAGACUGCUGGGCGCGUGCACUGCAACACCUGGACACGCGCUGCAAGGACAUGACGUCAGAGAGCCAGAGGUGGAUCGCGCUGCGGUUCACCCACUGUCACCUGAGCAGCUCAGGGCGGGACUUCCCAUCAUGCCCAGCGGGCUCUGACGUCAGCAGCUGCACAGGUGGGAUGGAUGUGGCCGCGUUCAACGCCUUCACAGAGUUCUUCACGCACACGCACGCCAUCUGUCACUUCCUGCAGUCUGAGGCCUGGCAGAGCCGAGCCGAGGACACCAUGUUCAGGUUAACAGAGAGUUCAGCAGGUGUCGCUGAGCAGCUUCAGUCCACCAGGCAGAUGGCUGAGGAACUUCUUGAAGCCCAGGGUGCUGCCUUACAGGCUCAGCAGGAGAUCCUCCACAAUGGAGAGGAGCUGAGAGUCACCCUGCAAGACUCCACUCAGGGCCUGCAGGCGCUAUUCUCAGAACUCAGUAGUGCCUCCAGGGAGCAGCAGGUGGCGCUGUCUGAGCUCUUUAACAGAGUUACCUUCCUGCAGAGUUUCUUGUUGAUGGAGACUCACAGUCUGAGCUCGUGCUGCUACAACGCUGCAGCUCUUUUCACCUGCUUCCUGCUCAGCAGCACCCAGCGCUCCUCCAGAGCCAGGUUGGUGUUGUUGAGUUUGGUGUGUUUAAAUUUCUACCUGGAGAUGAAGAUUUAUCAGUUUGUGAUGAGCUCUGAUACUCCUGAACACAAACACAUGGAGGUGCUGAGUGUGUAUGUUGGCGUGUUGCGGCGGCUCAUGGCGUGUGUGGGAGUGUGUGUUCUGCUGUACGCGUGUGUUCGCUACAGAGACCCUGUGCAGCAGAGUCUGCAGCUGCUGCAGAAGCUCAGGGAGACGCAGCAUGGCCUCCUCUAG